AGUUUAGCUGUUAACUUCGGAAAGCGACCUUAGCUGUACGAUCAAUAAUAUUUAUUUGUUGAAAAAAUGCGCUAUUUCAAAUUUUAUUUAGUAAUUUCACUGAAGUAGUCAAUAAUUGUAAUUAGAUCACAUAAAUGAGAGUAACUAAUUAUAGUUGUUGAGGAAGAUAGUGUGAUAUUCAAUGAAAAAGAACUGGUGUGAUACCAUUUAUAUGCAACUAUAAAUAAUACAUAGUUGAGCAUAGUAUUUUAACGGAAUGGAGUCAUGGUAUUUUUUGCUCUUGUAUGUUUCAUUAAUAUUUGGUUAUACACUUGUUGAUGACAAUCAAGACAAUGUAUUACACAUCGGUGGAAUCUUUCCGAUUGGUGGGAAAGGUGGCUGGCAAGGAGGGCAGGCAUGCGAACCAGCAGCCACGCUGGCUCUGGAGGACGUGAAUGAGCGCCAGGACUUGCUGCCCGGCUUCACGCUCAAGCUGCACUGGAAUGACAGUGAGUGUGAGCCAGGACUGGGUGCCUCAGUCAUGUACAACCUUCUGUACAACAAGCCCCAGAAACUGAUGCUGCUGGCUGGCUGCAGCACUGUCUGUACAACGGUCGCGGAGGCUGCUAAGAUGUGGAAUCUUGUAGUGCUCUGCUACGGAGCCAGCUCCCCGGCCUUGUCGGACCGCAACAGGUUCCCCACUCUGUUCCGCACGCACCCGUCCGCGACGGUGCACAACCCCACCAGGAUCAAGCUGAUGGAGAAGUUCGGCUGGUCCCGGGUCGCCAUUCUGCAGCAAGCCGAGGAAGUGUUCAUAUCGACGGUGGAGGACUUGGAAGCUCGCUGCAAGGACAGCGGCAUCGAGAUAGUGACACGCCAGAGCUUUCUCAGUGACCCGUCAGACGCCGUGCGCAACUUGCGUAGACAAGACGCUCGCAUCAUCGUGGGGCUGUUCUACGUGGUGGCGGCCAGGAAGGUUCUGUGCGAGAUGUACAAGCAGCACCUGUUUGGCAAGUCAUAUGUCUGGUUCUUCAUAGGCUGGUACGAAGACAACUGGUUCGAAGUGAGCCUGGACAAGGAGGGUGUAAACUGUACGCGUGAGGAGAUGAGGCUGGCAGCCGAGGGCCACCUCACCACCGAGGCGCUCAUGUGGAACCAAAACCAACAGCGCACAAUCUCCGGCAAGACUGCAGAGGACUUCCGGCUGCAGCUGAACGACCUUCUGCGGCGGCAGGGCUACGACAUCGACAACAGCCGCUACCCCGAGGGCUACCAGGAGGCACCCUUGGCCUACGACGCGGUCUGGGCCGUAGCUCUCGCAUUCAAUAAAACAAUGGAGCGUCUACACAGAUCUGGAAAGACUCUGAAAAACUUCACAUACACUGAUAAGGAGACAGCAGAUGGCAUCUAUGCAGCUAUUAAUAGCACACAGUUCUUGGGUGUGUCUGGCCAUGUUGCAUUCAGCUCGCAAGGUGACCGCAUCGCGCUCACCCAAAUAGAGCAGAUGGUAAAUGGCAGCUACAUGAAGCUGGGCUAUUACGACACCCAAAGUGAUAACCUCACCUGGCUCAACAGGGAAAAGUGGAUAAGGGGCAAGGUGCCGCAGGACCGUACGAUUGUCAGGCGGGAGCUGCGCACCGUGUCUUUGCCGCUCUUCAUUUGCAUGUGGACUGUCUCGUGCUUGGGGAUUGUCUGCGCCGUGGGGCUGAUAGCUUUCAACAUCUGGUACCGUCACAGAAGAGUGAUCCAGUCGUCGCACCCGGUGUGCAACACCAUCAUGCUGCUGGGCGUGUGCACAUGUCUGUGGUCGGUGUUCCUGCUGGGGCUGGACGGCCAGUUCGUGAGCCCGGCCGUGUACCCGGCCGUGUGUCAGGCGCGAGCCUGGCUCCUGUGCACAGGCUUCACCCUGGCGUACGGCGCCAUGUUCAGCAAGGUGUGGCGCGUGCAUCGCCUCACCACAAAGGCCAAGUCGAAGGUCAAGAAGGUGGAGCCGUGGAAGCUGUACCUGAUGGUGACGGGCUUCCUGCUAGUGGACGUGGUGCUGCUGCUCACCUGGCAGAUAUACGACCCGCUCCAGCGCCGCAUCGAGGUGUUCCCUCUGGAGGACCCCGUCUCAACCGAGGACGACGUGAAGAUACGGCCCGAGCUGGAGCACUGCGAGAGCGAGAAUAACAACGUGUGGCUGGGUGUGAUGUACGGCUACAAGGGCCUGGUGCUGGUGUUCGGCCUGUUCUUGGCAUAUGAGACACGCAGCAUAAAGGUGAAGCAGAUCAACGAUUCGCGCUACGUGGGCAUGUCCAUCUACAAUGUAGUGGUGCUGUGUCUCAUCACGGCACCAGUCACCAUGGUGAUAGCCUCGCAGCAGGAUGCCAGCUUCGCCUUCGUCGCCCUAGCCGUCAUCUUCUGCUGCUUCCUCAGCAUGGCGCUCAUCUUCGUUCCCAAGGUCAUUGAGGUAAUUAGACAUCCUAGAGACAAGGCGGAAUCAAAGUACAAUCCAGACGUGGGCAUGUCCAAGGAAGACGAGGAGAAGUACCAGAAACUCUUGGCUGAGAAUGACGAGCUGCAGAAACUAAUAUCUGCUAAGGAGGACAAGAUUCGGCUGUUGAAGCAACGGCUCCAGGAGCGGGAUGCAGCGAGAGGCCUGCCACAAGGAGACGCGGAUGGCCAGCUGCCAUCUGGGCGCCAUACUCGGGACCAAGACACAGAGUGAAGCUGAUAGCUACUGGUGUCGACAGCGAAGCGGCAUAUCUCUGUGACUGUACAGUUGCAGUGGCUGACUCAAACCACAACAGAAGCUGUCUCUCUGAAUGUGAUAAGCCCAGCAUUUAGCACAGCACAUCACUAAACUGUUGGAUCGGUCACUGAAUGUGGAGAUCAGUUUAUGACUUAGUGAAACAAAUGUUCUAUACAUUUAAUCGCAACUUAGUUACCAAUAAUUGUUUAGCCAUAGUGAGUGUUAGAAUAUGGUAUAACGAGAUUUUAUUGUGCGUGUUGUUAGUUGUAAAGAAGAUUGUACAUGACCUGUUAUAAUACAAGUAGAUUAGUGAGUGUACUUGAAGUUUUAUGACCAGGUUUAAGUUUAAUAUUAUUUAUUUCUAGGUCAUUUUGUAUAAUAUUCGAUCACGUAGGCCCUAACAGUUCCUUAAUAAAUAUUUUGUAAGUGUCCUAAAUAAACUUGGGUGAAUAAAUGUUUGUAUUUCGCCUUAAGACAUCAUUUGUAGAAAAAAAUAAUUUACUUUCUUAUAUAAAGCUUACAGAAUGAAAAUUCUACCUACCACAAUGGAUGUGCGUAUGAUAUAUUUUCUGUUAUUAUUACAAAUGUUGUAUUGUUGUCUUUAAAAAAAAUAUUGCAAUAAUUGUUUAUAACUUAACUAGGAUUAUAAAUAUAUGUAAACAACUUAUUAAACUUUCAAAUCAGUACUAUCCUGUACUUAAUAUUGUAUAAAUUAAACUUUUUAUGAAAGGCUGUUGAAAUGUGCUAAAUUUAUGUCAUGGUCAAGUAUAAUAUGUAUGAUAUGUUGUUUUAAUGGUUCUUGUAAUGAGAAAGAUUGGUUUAAAUUUUUUUUGGACAA